AUGGCUGCCACCGCUCCGACCUCUACCCCUCCUCCCUCGCAACCGGGGCCGGUCCCUUCCCGCAAACAACGCGUUCUCGCAUGCGAGCUCUGCCAAAAACGGAAAAUUGGGUGCGACAGGAAAUUCCCAUGCGCCAACUGCAUCAAGGUCCGUGCCAUGAGGAAGAUCAUUGAUGACGACGAGUCCGAGGAAAACACCCCGGAGAGCAUGACCCCAGACGGAAACGCCGAGCUGGUGCUUGGCCCCGACCGCCCCGGAGUAGAUCUUGCCGACCUUUGGCCGGAAAUUACCCACAUUCAACCCCUCUGGCAAACCUACCUCGACCGGGUGAACCCCUUGACCAAGAUCAUCCACGUUCCGUCAAUGCAGCCCUACUUCGUUGCCGCCACCAGCGGAGGACGCGACACCAUCCCGAGAAACGUGGAGGCUCUCAUGUUCUCCAUCUUCCUCAUGGCGACCGUAUCAAUGUCACCAACCGAGUGCACGGGGCUUCUAGGGUCCUCGAGGCAAGAAGCCAUCCACCGGUUUUCGGAAGGGGUCCGGUUAAGCCUGAUCCGGACAAGUUUCCUCAAGUCGCAUGACAUGGCAAGUCUCCAGGCGCUCUUACUCUAUUUUUCCCUGCAGGGUCGCUAUGACCGACACGCCGCCUGGAUUCUGACCGGCGUUCUCGUUCGCAUUGCCCAGAAGAUGGGCUUACACCGCGACGGCGAGGCUCUGGGUCUCCCCCCUUUUGAGUGCGAGAUGCGGAGGAGGGUCUGGUGGCAGAUCUUCUUGGUGGAUGCGAAAUAUGCUACGGCUUCCGGACUCGGUCCCAGCAACUUGCCUAUCAACUGCGAUACGAAAACGCCAGCGAAUCUCGACGAUGCUGACAUGGAUCCGUCGGCCACACAACCAUUCAAAGCGAAGGAUGGCCCGACCGAGAUGAUCUUCUGCCUGCUAAUGUACAGGUUUGCCAAGUUCGUCAAGGAGAUGCCCGGAUUCGAAGGGAUCAUCAUGAUACCCGACGAUGAGUCUGGGCCCGGUCCUAGGACAGCACCGACGGAGGAGCAGCUGGCGGCAUACCGACGGGGACUGGCGCGGCUCCACGGAGAGCUUUUGGAGAUAUUCGAAAAGUACUUGGACGUGAACGCCGGCCCCGUGCAUGCGAUGGCAAAUGCGAUGAAAGACCACAUCCUCCAAAAGCUCGAGGAGCUCAAGACUCCCGUAAAAUUGCAGAAGGACUGGGGCGGAGAAGUCAAGUCAACCGUGGACAACACGUUCAGACACGCCGUCCAAAUGCUCGAGCACAACGAAUUCAACUACAGAGUGACAGAAGGCCUGGGCUUCGCCUGGUUCUCGCUGCUGCACUUCCAGCUCGACAUACUCAUGUUCGUGGUCGGACAGCUGCGCCGCCGCACCGAGGGCAGGCUGGUCGACAGCGCGUGGCGGCAGGUCGAGGUGGUCUACUCACAUCACCCGGGGCUCUUCGACAUGACCAACAAGAACUACACGGCGCUCGGUGUACACGUGCUCCAGGCGUGGAAGCAGCGCGAGCAGGUGAUUUUCGGCCGCACUGGCCGCGCUCCCGAAGUUCCCUUGUGCGUCACUAAGCUGCGCACCUGCCUACCCGACUCGGUGUGCAAGCAAGAACCGGGCGAGCAACGUACACCUCCGGACCCGUUCGUACCCGAAAUUGCCGCGGCGUAUCCCCUCGACACCUCCCCCCCUACGCUAGAAGACUUGAUGGCUUUUCCUGAUCCGCAAUCGUUUGACUGGGACAUGUUUACCGGACUGCUGGCGAACCAAGAAGAAGCGACUCUGGGGAUCGGCCCGUUUGGCAUUGCGCCGCCGCCGACGUGGUAA